GCAUUAACUACGCUUAUUUUUAAAAUACAAGUGUCUAAUUGGCUAAUAGCACAUUUAAACCGAUUUAUCCAUUAAGCCGCGUCGAAGUAAAUGGGCCUUUGUCAUUGUUUGUCAUUACACGUUUUCUUUGUAACAAUAUACUUAUUUUUUGCAAACCUAGUGUAGGAAAAUGAAUAAACUAGCUUAUUUGAGUUGUCCGUUCACGUGGAAAAUGGAAGAGCUUCCUCGUACUGCAGAAAGUUUGAUAGAUGCAGAUACUGAAAGACGUGAAAUGUUGUUAUUUGACGGCAAUCGACAGGAUGGUAUUACUUUUAGAAAAUUGAUUUACGCAGUGACAAAAGCAUAUGAUUUUGCUGAAAAUCAUUGUUUGGAGAAUGCAAUGGAAGAAGUUGAGAAAUCAGAGAAUCUUUUUAAUGAUCUUCAGGAAAAAAUACCUAAUGGCAUAUCCAUCAAAGCGUUUGAGCAUAUGGUUAAAGGAACCAAAUGCUUUAUUCUUCAAAAAAUGAAUAAACUGAAUGAGGUAGAAAGUAUUCUAGAAAGUUUAUCUAUUUGUGAGGACAGUUUUGAAUUGGGAACACUGCAUGGGUGUCAAAGUUCAGCCUGGUACUUUUACAAAUUUGCUGGAAAAGAGAAGGCUAUAGAAAAUGCAUUGAUUGCUGUUGAAUUAAAUCCUAAGAGUGGACUAUGGCACUUUCUUCUUGCAAUGAGUUUAAAACAUGUCAGGCAACUUAUUGGUAAGGAGAGAAAACCCGGUCCUAAAGAGCAGGCAGCACUUAAAACUGCAUUCAAGUUACAACCAGAUCCACUUAUUGGCAUUCAGUGUGCUAAAAUGUAUCAUAAAUUGAGGGAAAAUGAAAAAGCAAAAGAAAUGUGCAAUAAUGUACUUCAUAUGAAUCCUACCAGUUGCAUUAUUUAUUUGCAAUUAGCACUUGGUUUUAUUCAAUAUCAUAACAAUACAUGGGAUAAACUAAUUUGCAAAGAAUAUAGCGAGAAAACUCGCAUCUGCCUAGACUAUGUUGGAACAAGGAUGCCUAAAAAUCAAAGAUAUAAGAUAUGUUAAAAAGAUAUGAGAAGAUGUUUUUUUAUGGUAUUGUUAACAAACGAUUCAACAUAUUCGUUGUAUUGAAGACAGAUAUUUUACCAAAGUUGCAAAGACAAUAUCCUGACCAAGCGUCUUAUGAAAUGGUAACUAAAGCAGAGGAAUUUUGCAACCUGUAUGGAGAUAAAGAUUGUAUGUCAAUAGAACAGAAAGUCAAAAAUAUUCAGCUUUGAAUUACGAAAAGUGAAUGUUUUUGGUAAGAAUUAAAAAUGUUGAAUUAUUCAAUUUACACAAAAUUAUUGUUAGAGCUCCUACAUGACGAUUUUAUAUCUAUUGUUAUCGCAAUACCUAAUUAUAUAUUCAGUUUAUCGGGUCUUAAUUAAUUAUGUGAUAAGUCUUAAAGUACAUUAUAUCUAAUAAUUUCGAUAUAGUUAUAUAUAAGUUUUAUUUUCGCUCAUUAUUUUUGUAAACGAAUAAUAUGAAAAAAAUGUAAUGUGUAUUAGAUUUAACAUCUUUUAUAUGGAGACUUUAAGAGAAAUAAUAAUAAGUAAUUUGUUAAAAAUUCAUCUACUGAUUCACGUUGACCUUAUUGCCUUACCUAGCUUUUCCCUUUAUACGAAACAGAAAUAUUAUCUCUCAAUCACUAUAUG